CUUCUCAAUUGGCUUCGCGGACCAUCGUUACAGCUUCCUCCUCCUUUAUUAUAGCUCCUUUCCCUGCUUUCCUGCUCUCCUGUUACUGUCCUCCUGAAAGGUCUCUGCGCUAGCUCCACUGCUCAAUUCAACGCGACCACACCCCUGGCCGAAGCCCAUCAGAUCAUCGCGUUCACUGUCUACCUUUCUUCCCCUCAGCGACUUACUCCUCACUUCUUGACUUGAGGUAAACACGUCAAGAUGAGCGAAGGCGAGCAGCAGACUCGCGACAUCAAGAACCACCUUCUCUUUGAGAUUGCCACUGAGGUAGCUCAUCGAGUCGGUGGUAUCUACUCGGUUAUCAAAUCCAAGGCUCCUGUUACAACAGCUGAAUAUGGCGACCGCUACACACUGAUCGGUCCCCUCAACCAUCAAUCGGCCGCCGUCGAGGUGGAGGAGAUGGAACCCACCAGCCCAGAGAUCGCUGCUACCCUACAGUCCAUGAGAGAUCGAGGAAUUCACAUUGUUUAUGGUCGUUGGUUGAUUGAAGGGGCUCCCAGAGUUAUUCUCAUUGACACCAAGACCGCCUAUGGUCGCAUGGAUGAGUGGAAGGCCGAUUUGUGGGAAGCUGCCAGCAUUCCUUCACCACCUGGUGACGAUGAGACCAACGAGGCCAUUGUUUUUGGUUAUCUGGUCGCCUGGUUCCUGGGAGAGUUCGUCUGCCAUGAGAAGAAGAGGGCUGUCAUUGCUCACUUCCACGAGUGGCUUGCUGGCGUUGCCCUGCCCCUCUGCAAGAAGCGCCGCAUCGAUGUGACGACGAUCUUUACCACACACGCCACUCUUCUCGGCCGAUACCUCUGCGCUGGCUCCGUGGAUUUCUACAACAACCUGCAAUGGUUCGAUGUCGAUGCUGAGGCUGGUAAGCGCGGUAUCUACCACCGAUACUGCAUUGAACGAGCAGCCGCGCAUGCAUGUGAUGUUUUCACCACAGUCUCCCACAUCACAGCGUUUGAGUCCGAGCAUCUGCUGAAGCGAAAGCCUGAUGGCGUUCUGCCCAAUGGUCUGAACGUCACAAAGUUCUCGGCGGUUCACGAAUUCCAAAACCUGCAUCAGCAGGCAAAGGAGAAGAUUCAUGACUUUGUUCGAGGGCACUUCUAUGGUCACUACGACUUUGAUCCCGACAACACUCUAUACCUCUUCACCGCCGGUCGUUACGAGUUCAGGAAUAAGGGUGUCGACAUGUUCAUUGAGUCCCUAGCACGAUUGAACCAUCGUCUCAAGGCCGCUGGUAGCAAGGUGACCGUUGUUGCCUUUAUUAUCAUGCCUGCUCAGACCACUUCCCUCACUGUCGAGGCGCUGAAGGGUCAAGCGGUUAUCAAGUCACUCCGAGAUACCACACACGUUAUUGAGCAAAGCAUUGGCCGUCGCAUCUUUGAGCGCUCUCUUAAGUGGCAUGAGGGUGAUCCCAUGCCCGAUGAGAAGGAACUCAUCUCUGCUCAAGACCGAGUUUUACUUCGCCGUCGUCUCUUUGCCAUGAAGCGUCACGGACUUCCCCCAAUUGUCACCCAUAAUAUGCUCAACGAUCAUGAGGACCCUGUCCUGAACCAGAUUCGACGUGUACAACUUUUCAACCACCCGUCUGACCGAGUCAAGGUAGUCUUCCACCCCGAGUUCCUCAACUCUGCCAACCCUGUUCUUCCUCUCGAUUACGACGACUUUGUCCGAGGCUGUCACCUGGGCGUCUUCUCUUCGUACUAUGAGCCUUGGGGCUAUACUCCCGCCGAAUGUACUGUCAUGGGUGUGCCCAGCAUUACCACUAACCUUUCAGGUUUCGGAUGCUAUAUGGAAGAGCUUAUCGAGAACUCGAGCGACUAUGGUAUCUACAUUGUGGAUCGACGAACCAAGGGUGUUGACGACUCAGUCAACCAGCUCACCUCGUUCAUGUACGAUUUUUGCGGCAAGAGCCGCCGUCAGCGCAUCAACCAACGAAAUCGAACAGAGCGUCUUAGCGACCUCCUUGACUGGAAGCGCAUGGGCAUGGAGUAUGUCAAGGCUCGUCAGCUAGCUCUACGCCGUGCCUACCCCAACUCUUUCAGUGGCGACGAUGAGGAGGAGGACUUCAUCCCUGGUGUCGAGCAAAAGAUUUCGCGACCCUUCUCUGUUCCCGGCUCGCCACGAGAUCGCACUGGCAUGAUGACCCCCGGCGAUUUUGCCAGUCUUCAGGAAGGCCGUGAAGGCCUGAGCACUGAGGACUAUGUUGCAUGGAAGCUUCCUGAGGAAGAAGACCCCGACGAGUACCCAUUCCCCCUCACUCUUCGAACGAAGCAACCUGCCCCCCAUAGCCCUUCUGAUAAUGUACCUGUCAACGGAACCCAGUAGGACCAAUAUUCCAGACUCUUUCGGACAGGGUUUAGAGAAGAGACAGAAGGGGAGGGACUGUAUUUGAGUAGACGGGCGAACCUUUAUUAAUUAUUGUUGUUUUCAUGGGAACGAGCAAGAGGUGGAAAGGAGCUUUCUCAUCAGGCAGAAGCUUGUAUGUCAUUACUGGUGUUGACGCACAUCCGCAUUGUCGCAAUUUGCAUCCUGCGCUUUUCUAGUUAACUAGUUACAUCCACUUGGGAAACUUGUUUAUGAAGCCUCUGUAGCUAUUUCGAUCCUUGGC